AACUCAACGUCGCCAGAUUCCGUUCAGAUGCGCCAUGAGGCCUCCGAUUAUGUGCAGAUUAUGUUAUUUUUAACAUUCAUGGCUGUAGGACUACCUGUAAAUAUAUCAACGCUACUCUACAUGCUUAGACGAUAUCGUCAUACAAAGAGCUUCUUGUUGCUAUUGCACAUUAAUCUCAAUAUAUCAGAUUUGUUGGUGCUAGGAGUCUAUGUGCCGGGAUUAAUUGGAUGGCUGGUCACUUUGGAGUGGAAAGGAGGCGCUUAUCUCUGCAAAGUCAUGAGAUUCUUCGACGCAUUUGUAUUAGCGAUAAGCUCAAAUAUCAUGGUCUGCAUUGCAUUAUAUCGACUUUAUGCCCUCCGUCAUCCAUUUUGGAUUUCUUCUAUAGGCAACGGUCGCAUCUUUCGUAUGCUCAUAAUAGCUUGGGGCACAGCAGUUCUCUCAAUGCUACCGCAGUUCUAUGUUUGGCGCGAGGUGAACUUUGGAAACUUCCGUCAAUGUGUUACCAUGUGGACGGAAAAGCUAAAUCUAGUCGAUGAAGCAAAUCAGACCUCAAUGACAGAAACGGAUUUUCAGCUGAUGAAACUUUACGGGAUACAAAAUGCCUUCAUCACUUUUUACAUUCCACUAGUAAUACUUGUCGCCUGUUAUGUGUUGAUUCUAAAGGACAUCUACAGAACCCUAAACGCUACUGAACCAGAAAGAUCCUCAGCUUUAUACAUUUCGGAGCUCAGUAAACUUUCAACUAGUAAACGAUGGGCCAGGAAAGAAAAAGAGAGCGCUGUGUCUUUGAAUAGUAGGGCUACUCGUGGCCAAGACAAAUUGCGCAGAGCGAAAGUACGCUCACUACGGAUUACACUUUUGCUCAUAAUUGUCUAUGUAGUCACAUGGUUACCGAACAAUCUCCUUUCAUGGUGGAUGGUAAUUUCGUUCGACACUUAUCGCGACUAUCAAGAUGCAAUGUUUCCUUUAGCAUUCCUCGUCGUUAUGAAUAGUGUCAUAAAUCCAUUUAUAUAUGGAAGGUGGCAAGGACUGAAAAUGAUAUUUACUUGCAGAGAAGUAGGGAAGAAACCAAAGAAGCUUUGCUACAUAUUACGUUGUUAG